AUGAAGACCUCUUCCGCUGUUUUCGCUCUCUGUGUUGCCGCAGCCUCUGCUGCUUGGACCCCAUCUCAUCACCACAAACGGGCAGAGAACUGUGGCCAGUACGAUAUGAUUCAUGUUGGCAACUUCAAGCUCUACAACAAUAUGUGGGGCAAGGACAGUGGCUCUGGCAACCAGUGUGUUGGGCUAGACUCUUCCGUCAACAGCAGCAAUAGCGGAGUUGCCUGGCAUACUUCCUGGAGCUGGUCUGGUGGGGAUGGCCAAGUUAAGAGCUACCCGAACGUCGAAGCUCAACCCGAUAAGAAAAAGGUAUCCGAGCUGAGCAACAUCCAGACUACCUGGAAGUGGAGCUACAAGGGAGACAACCUUGUUGGCGACGUGUCGUACGAUAUCUUCACCUCCCCCACUGCCGGUGGUGAUGCUACCUACGAGAUCAUGAUCUGGACUGCCGCCAUUGGUGGUGCCGGCCCCAUCUCUACCACCGGCUCGCCGAUUGACACUCCCACCGUGGGUGGUAAGUCCUGGAAGCUGUACAAAGGAACCAACGCCGCAACCACUGUAUUCAGCUUCGUUGCUCCUAAGGCGAUCCAGGAUUACUCGGGUAACCUGGCCGAGUUCUUCACAUACCUUACUGAGAAGCAGGGCUUCCCCGCCGACCAGUACUAUCUGAGUAUUGGCGCCGGCACUGAGCCAUUCACUGGACAGAACGCUGUCUUCACUACUGCCUCUUACACUAUCACGUUCUAG